AGGGCUGUCCUCCUCCUCCUUCUGCCUUGUCAGAGUGCUGGAAUAAGGAACAAGCCUGGGUUUGUAAUCAAUAAAACCCUGUGCUUGUGUGUUUGCAUUGGAUAUUGGCUUUGUGGUGGUUUUGCUCUGGAGUCUCACAACAUUAAGAGACCCAGGACAUUGAGUUUCAACAGGAUGAAGACUACAACCUGCUCUCUCCUCAUCAUCAUCUCACUUCUCCAGCUGGUGAUCCCAGUGAACACUGAGGAGACCUUAGACUCCAUCAUAAAGAAGCUCAAGGAAGCUCUCAGCUAUGGAGGAUACCUUCCCUCGACUGUGAAUAGGACUCCCUCUUGCACUAGUGUGAAAGCUGUAGGCAGACUAGCCUCCUGUCCUGCUGGGAUGAUUGCUACUGGAUGUUCUUGUGGCUUUGCUUGUGGAUCAUGGAACAUACAGAAUGAAAACAUUUGCCACUGCCUGUGUCUAUUCAUAGACUGGACUGUUGCUCGCUGCUGCCAACUGAGGAAAUGAGGAGGCUGAGAGUCCAGUUUUGAAAUGACUAUUAUAGUGAAAUGUUGAUUCCACCCAGGAAAUUUGAUUGAUUGUCCCUGUGCUGAAUUCCUAUUACACAGUAAUCCUGCUUCUUAAAUAAUAAAGACAGAUUUGCACUCA